CAGCGGCGGUACCAGCGUGCUGCGUCGGGGAUUUUCACCGGACAGACUGUUCGCACACAAGGAAGAAUGGACUUGGAAAAGCAUAUUUCCAGCUGGCUGCCACACUUGGACAAUGAAGUGAUGCAACUUACUGUACAGAAACUGCUGGACUGUGGUGUUCAGUCGCUUGAGCACCUCAAGUAUGUAGUGGAAGCCGACCUAAUGUUCCUGAAUGUGGUCAGUAGACGCAUCCUGCUCGAAAAGUUCCAGACAGCUGCCUCACCAGCCGUGCAAGUGUCCAUACCAAAAGGAAGUGAAGCUUCUGUGAGCCUGUUGGGCCAGGCUUUUGAUAUUCCAUGGGACGCAUUUCCACCCGAACUCGUAAAAGCAUGUCAAGAGGGCAGGCGUCCACUGAAAAGUGAUCUGAAUGAAAUGGUUAGGACACUAAGUGACAGGGUGCUUGCCUGCCAUCAGAAGCCUGGGCGCAAAGUGCUGCGAGCCAUUGCGAGUGAAAUCGUCAGCAAGUUUCCAAGAACUUUUGAGGACACCCUCAACGGCACCGUCAUUGCUACAGGAUUAGAAACGCUUCUAUGGAAGCUGGAGAAUUGCAUUAAUAACAAGAGAAGGCGCAGUUCUGAGUGUUUGAAGCGGUGUGUUUCAGAAGAUGAAGAAGAGUUCACCACAAAAAAGCCACAACUCCAAAAAGAUUCUUAUGGCUGUGUAGCCUGGCAGCCUGAUCUUCCGUCCAUGGAAACAGCUGAAACUCAAGAGAAGAAAAGAGAAGAGUUGCAAGCCCAAUUUAGGCUAGCUUCCCCAAACAGUUCUCGAGUCACACAACUAAUGGCUGAAACAUAUUCGUCACAGAGGCAGUUGAUCAAUGCCAGCAGAAGCGUGCUGUACGUGAAGGAAAACUGGCCUUUCCUCUUUGAAGAAAUGCACAUGUGUUCACAUAUCAAUGUACUGCUGGGGUUCAGUGCCUCUCAAACAUUUGACGAUCAAAUCAAGACUGUUGGGCGACAGGUUUUUAGGUAUGCUCACAGCUUAAUAAAAAAGGCGAACGUGAGGACAUGCCUAGAGCAAAUCGAAAAGGCCAGAAUUGAACUAAAGACAAUGGCUGUAGAGUACGAAGCCACUCCCCUCCUCCUGCUCGCCAUCUUCGAUGAAGACUGCGAGCUCUUCUGUAAGGUAGUCGAGGAAUGCGCCAGUGAUGAAGACCUUGGGGACAUGCCAUGUUCUCCUUUCAUCAUUGCAAAAGGAGGCAGUUUUAUUACUGCAAGGAACUUCACCAUAUGCAUUGACACCCUGCCAGUGAUACACGCAACAAACCCAUGCCAGGCAUUCCGGCUCAUGUUUUUCGCACACUUUGCGUUUAAUCUUGCGUACCCUAAGGACACAAGCCUCUGCUUGGAGUUCACACAGCGGACCAUUGCAGGUGUCAAUCCUGGCAGGGGAACGAAGAUAGAGCGCACAAAGAAAAAACAACACUGCCUCUCCCCAAAAGUUGCUUCCCUCAUCACAUCGUUGCAAGACUUCGACUUUUAACUGUUCUGAAACUUCAAAACUUUUUCAUUACACACAGUUGGGCAACUGACCGACUAUAUUUCUACUACAUCGGGCUCUUCUGUAAGUGUUUCAAUAUAUACACCAUUGUCAUUUCUUUUCAUGCACUGUGAUAAUGCAAAUACUCUGUUUAAUGCCUUAUGCCUUCUUACUUUUAUCUGACUGCUUCAUGCAGUAGUAGUGUCAAGCAAGGCACAAUUUUCCUUAUUUGUAUUUUUGGAAUUAGUUUCAUGACCGGUUGUAUGCAUUUUAUUGUAAUACUAUUUUGAUAUGUAUAUUAUAGUUUCAAGAUUGGAACGUAUAAGCAGAGUGAAUUAAUAUUUUAUGGUUACACUGUGAUAAUACAACAGCUUGUCACAUGCCUUAUGUUUUGUUUGUAUCUCGGUGCUUAAUGCAAUACUAGUGUCAAGCAAGGCGUAGUUUGCCCAAGACACCUUCCUUAUGUAUAAACUUGUCAUUACAGUUUAGUGACUGGUUGGACUUAUUGUAAUACUACUUUCUCCAUUGUAUUAAAUAUAUUUUUAUAUUGUAGUUGUAAGGUUGAACGUACUAAGUAGAAUGAACCAAUAUUUUAUGGUUACACUGCGAAAAUGCGAACGCUGUUUUAUUCAUGCCUUGUGUCUUGUUGCUUGUAUCUCACUGCUUAGUUGUAAGGUUGAACGUACUAAGUAGAAUGAACCAAUAUUUUAUGGUUACACUGCGAAAAUGCGAACGCUGUUUUAUUCAUGCCUUGUCUUGUUGCUUGUAUCUCACUGCUUAGUUGUAAGGUUGAACGUAGUAAGUAGAAUGAACCAAUAUUUUAUGGUUACACUGCGAAAAUGCGAACGCUGUUUUAUUCAUGCCUUGUGUCUUGUUGCUUGUAUCUCACUGCUUAGUUGUAAGGUUGAACAUACUAAGUAGAAUGAACCAAUAUUUUAUGGUUACACUGCGAAAAUGCGAACGCUGUUUUAUUCAUGCCUUGUGUCUUGUUGCUUGUAUCUCACUGCUUCAUGCAGUACUAGUGUUAUGCAGAAUUGAUGCUUGUUAGGCGAGUUGGUGGUGCGUAAGUGCUAAAACAGAGUGAAGCAAGCCGGGACAAGAAAGAGCACACAACACGAGCGCUGACUUUCAACUGUUUAUUUCUUUCUGUUGUCAUGUAUAAAUACGCACAAGAACCACCAGCAUCAAAUUGAAAGCAUAGCCGAUACAACUCAGCCUUUUGCCGAUUGCCAACGAUCUAAAAACAUGAGUUCUUUUCUGAUAGUUCCAGCGAUGCCACGCUCACACACCUGUUAACUGCACAUGUAAUAUUCAUUGCCUCGAUAAGCUCCCUAACCCGCUAGUCCUUGUGACAGUCGGUAAUCUGACUCUGUUCAAACAAAGGCACGCAUGGCCUAGAACGGCACCUUCACCUAGAUUGAGUGCUGCAUUGACGGUAGUGCAGGCUACAAUGGUUACAAUGUUAAUUAGAGCAACCAGGGCCACCUCAGCCCGCACUGGCAUCAGUGCGGCACGCAAUCGGUGACGGAGCCAUUCAAUGCCAUGUGUGCCUUUCUUUGAACAGUCAUAUCAACCGUCGCAAAGACGAGCGGGUUAGGAAGACUAUCGAGCCAAUGAAUUUUGCAUGUGCAGGUAACAGGUGUGAGCGUGUCAUCGCUGGCACUAUGAAGAAAAGAGCUGGGGUGUACUGGUGUGUGUCAGUCACCCUGAUUCUUUUCAGUUUCAAGCUGGCGGUCUACGUGUGUAUUUAAAUGGGGCUACACCAAGGAAUAAACAGUUGAAAGUCCUGUCUUGUUUCGCUUUGUUUUAGCAAUUGCCGUCAAGCAAGACACAUUCUGCCAAUAUUCAUAAUUUUCCUUAUGCGUAUAAUUGCCAUUACAGUUUCGUAACCGGUUGGAUUUGGAUUUUUAUAUUUAUUGUAGUAGCAAUAUUAGAAGUACCAAGUAGAGUGAACCAAUUGGUUGCUUUAUGGUUACACUGUGAUAAUGCAAACAACCUGUUUCAUGCCUUAUGACUUGUUGCUCGUAUCUCACUGCUUCAUGCAGUACUAGUUUCAAGCAAGGCACAAUGUGACAAUAUGCACUAUUUCUCUAAUGCAUAUACUUGCCGUUACAGUUUAGUGACCGGUUGUAUACUCAUUGUGUUGAACUACUAUUUUAAUAAUUAUUUUAUUUUGCAAGAUUGGUUCACCCUACUUAGUACGUCCAAUGUUUUCGUUAUACUGUAAGAAUGCAAAAAGCCUUGGGCAUGCCUUAUGUUCUGUUGCUUGUAUCUCAAUAGCUGCUUCAUCCUGUACUAGUGUCGAGCAAGGCGCAAUUUGUCCAAGACACUCUCCUUAUGUGUAUACUUGCCAUCACACUUUAAUGACUGGCUUUCUUCAUUGUACAGGUAUUACUAUGUUCUGUGUUGCAAUCAUUGUAUUUUAUUACCAUUUUAAAAUAGAUCAUAUGUUCUCCUGCAUACUUGCCAUUACUGCAUAUUGCGUGUCUUUUUGCUGUAUACUUUAUUUAGCAGCUGUGCUACAUAGGCAGUGCAGGGAGGGCAAUUUUAUUGUCAUUUUACUUGGGUCACCAGUCUACCAUUUACUUUAAUCACAUGAUGCUGGAAAGCAUAGUCAAAAACUAGUCAUAAUGACAUUGUUUACUAUUGCACUUGCAUUUACCAACGUUGUUGAAUACUAACUUGCCAUUUCUAGUAACAUAAAAGUAGUGAAAUAUUUCAUUGUGUUUAAACGUGGCAGCAGUUGCAAUGUUUUGUAUAUGCCUUUAUGUCAGUCAUUAAAGGUGGUGUGAAAGAAAUAAAGUCUCUGAAAUGACAGAAAAUAGAGCUUCGCAGAAAAUGUCGUCAUGAAAAAAAAAAGCUGUGAAAGAAUAGAAUAUUUCGUGACG